AUGGUUCCUGUCAACAGCACCGGCUAUAUCUUCUCUGCCUUCCUGGUCACAGGCAUUCCAGGGCUGGAGGCUGUGCACAUCUGGAUCUCCAUACCCUUUUGUGCCAUGUUCCUCAUUACCUUGGUGGGUAAUAUGACCGUUAUCACCGUUGUGUGGAGGGAAGAGACCCUCCAUGUUCCCAUGUAUGUGUUUCUGGCCAUGCUAGCGGCCUCUGACCUGGGCCUGGCCCUCUUCACCUUUCCCUCCAUGCUGAGGAUCUUCUGGCUAGAUGCUAGAGAGAUGAGCACCUUGGCUUGCUUCACACAGAUGUUCUUUAUUCACACCUUCCAGGACUUUGAGUCAGCCAUCAUUCUGGCAAUGGCCUUUGACCGCUAUGUGGCCAUUUCUCACCCGCUGCACUACUCUUUGAUUCUCACCAGCAGUGUGAUUGCCAGGAUAGGCUUGGCUAUUGUUGUGAGAACCGUCACUGUACAAAUACCUCUCCCCAUCCUCUUGAGAAGGCUUAGCUUCUGUCACACCAACGUACUUUCUCAUUCCUACUGCCUGCACCCAGACAUCAUAAAGCUGUCCUGCUCUGAUACCAGGGUCAACAGCAUCUUUGGACUGUUUGUGGUGAUCUCUACCAUGGGGCUUGACUUUCUCCUCAUUCUCUUCUCUUACGUGUUGAUUCUAAAAACUGUGCUGAGCAUUGCUUCCCAUGGUGGUCGCCUCAAGGCUCUCAACACCUGCAUCUCCCACCUGUGUGCUGUGAUCCUCUUCUUCACGCCCAUGAUCUGUUUGUCUAUGUUGCACCGCUUUGGCCCAAGGCUUCCCGCAUGCAUCUAUGUGACCCUGGCCAACAUGCACUUCCUUAUUCCUCCUGUGAUGAACCCCAUUGUCUAUGUGGUAAAAACUAAGCAGAUACGAGACAAAAUUCUGAAACUCUUUAUUCAAAAAGCACCAGAGAAAUCACAAAUCAUGUUUAUAAACCAAAUCAUGGUAAACUAA